AGUCCGGUGGUCGCGGUGCGUUGGUUCACUUUUGGUUCAAUUCCAAUACGGAUUUUUUUACGUAAAUACAAAAAUACAAGUGAAAACGUGAUUGUUUUGUGAAACGACGUGAAAGUGAAUGGUGUUUGUAAAGUGCUAAAGUUUUUUCGCUGUUAGAUUAAAAGUUGGUUUAAUUUUGUAUAAAAUUGCAUUGGAAGUGGUGAAAUAAAUUAGUGCUUUGUGAAAGUUACUACAUGUAUAAAAACGAAAUGAAGGACUAUUCAUCAGGAAAUAAUUUCAAGUGAAACGAAAUCCUGUGACUAUGAAGCGUGACGUCUCAUCGGUGGCCAGGCUGCCGUAAAGUGCCGUGUAUCCGCCGUCGCAAUGGCCACCAUGUCGGGCGCCCUGACCCCCAACGCCCCCACCACCACCAUCGACGACGAACAAACGCGUCGACGCUCAGUCUUUUAUGUGCCAUUGUUUGAAAGUUUCGAUAAUUACCUUCCCCUCACAGCCGAGGAAAAAGAAGCGCUAAUAUGCGGCCAGAACAUUGACGAAGUUCCAAUAAAACCGAAAAGAAGAUACGCGACCGAGAGGUUACAUUUGUCAUCUCGUGGCGAUUCCUCGAUGACAGAGAGUGAGGGUGAAGUUAAUACAUUCAGUCCUCAGAGAAGAUUGAGACGACCGCUGUCUUCUACCAUAAGCUCCUAUGAGGCAUUGGCUCGAAUUGCACAAAGAGAUUCCAUUAGUCCCCGAAUAGCAGCCGAGAACAGUCCGCAAAGACAUUCCAAACCUAGACUAAGAAGCACGACUUCAUGUGAACCUCGCUAUGAUAGAGUAUUUUCUCCAUUAGGGAAUUCAGUUUCGCACAAAUUAAAUAACUCAACCUCCAGUAUCGGUAAUAAGUUAACUUCUAAGAGUCCGAUUCGAAAUUCUAAUUUAUCAUUAAUACCCGACUCGCCAAAUAUGCUCUCACCUAACAAAGAAAAAUCUAAAACGUUGCCACAAAAUCUUAUUGCUGCAUCGCCUAUUAGAGGCAGCAGUAGCUCCACGUCUAUCUUUAGGACGCCUAAAAUAACUGUCACACCGGAAAGUCCAAAUAAGAGUCCAGGGCGAAUGUCCGGACUAAAUUUCAUCCGGCGAUCGCGAAGCACGAAAUUAUCGCGAAGUAACUCCUUGUUACGUAGCAUCACUGCGAGACAUAUAGAAGAGGGUUUAGACGACAGUGUGGCAGUGGUAACGGACCUUACCGACGAUUAUGAUAAGUUUGUGGACGACAACGGUGGUGAGACUGAAGUUAUCGGAGCUCUUAUUAAGAAGAACGAAGCCGAGGUCGCUAACAGCCCGCUGAGCCUACGUCGAAGCUGCCUCGAUGUUGACGACGAAGUCGGUGUUCAUUCUGACACAUCUUAUGAGAAAGCCUGUCGGCGGGGCUCGGCCCCGAGUACGCCGGUACCGGGUGCGCAGGCGCAGCACAGCCCCUCGCGGCUCGCCUCCUUCUUCUUCUCGAAGCGAUCGUUUAGGAGCAACCCGCUUAAGAGGACCAAAUCUGCUACGAAGCUGGAAAGAGAGAGAGCGCUGGCUGCAGUCCCAACACAUCCUCCGACACACGCUCUACGGACAUCACGAUCUCAUGAAAGUCUGCUGUCAGCACACUCACCCGCCGUAUCCACUAUGGAUUUGGGUCCACCAAAUCAAGUAGAAAUCCGUGCGCUGCACUCGUCGGUGUUGGGCCGUGCGCACUGCUUCGCGCUGAGCGCAGAGAACAGAGCGCCAAGGUACUUCGCCUGCGCCUCGAGGAAGGAACGCGACCGCUGGAUAUACAGCCUACGGCAAGCGGCGCGACCGGACGAGAUGCGUACGCGCCGAUGCGAACGCACCGUCAAACUGUGGCUACUAGAGGCCAAGGCCAUACCGCCCAAGAAACGAUACUACUGCGAAAUACUGCUCGACGAUACGCUCUAUGCAAGGUCGUCGUCGAAACUGAAGACGGAGCUUUGUUUUUGGGGUGAGGUGUACGAGUUCGGUGCCUUACCCGCCGUGCGCAACAUACACGUCAACGUGUAUCGCGAGCCUGAGAGGCGCGCGCGCAAGCGGGACAAGCACGCAUUAGUCGGAACGGUCCGCAUCCCGGUGGAUGAUGUGUCCUCUCGCUACCUGAACGAGCGCUGGUACCCGCUAUCAACGGAGACCCCAGCAUCGCCGGCGCGCUCAGCGGGCAGCGCGGGGCCCGCAGCGGCAGGGGCGCCGGCGCCCGCACUGCGCAUCAAGUGUCGCUUCCAGAGCGUGGACGUGUUACCGCUCGACUGCUACGCGCGCUUUCUCGAUUACCUCACGCGGCACUACCGGAGACUCUGCGAGUAUCUCGAACCAGUCAUCGGUGUGAAGGCGAAAGAGGACAUCGGUUGUGCGCUGGUGCUGUGUAUGGCGGGCGCGGGCCUGGCGCCUCGGUACUUAGCCGACGUGGUGGCGCUGGACGUCCGUCGCACCGGUGACCACUCGCUCACCUUCCGAGGCAACUCGCUAGCCACCAAGAGCAUGGAGGCAUACCUCAAGCUCGUCGGCGAUCAGUACCUCCAGGAGACGCUGGGCGAGGCGGUGUGCUGGGCGGCGGGCAGCAGCGCGGAGUGCGAGGUGGAUCCGCUGCGUGCGGGUGGAGGCGCGGCGCUGCGCCGACACCAGGCGGCGCUCCGGGACGCCGUCACACGCGCCUGGCGAGCCAUCGCCGCCUCCGCACCAGACUUCCCUCCGCCGCUCCGGGACUGCUUCGCCACCUUCAGAGAGAGACUGGCUUCGAUGGGACGUGAAGACAUAUCAGAUAAUUUAAUAAGCGCUUCAAUCUUCCUGCGGUUCCUUUGUCCGGCCAUACUUUCCCCCAGUCUAUUUGGAAUAACUCAUGAAUACCCGAACGAGCGCGCGGCGCGCAACCUGACGUUGGUGGCGAAGACUCUGCAGACUUUGGCCAACUUCACGCGCUUCCAGGGCAAGGAGGCCUUCAUGGAGUUCCUCAACGACUUCCUCGAGCAGGAGGCGCCCAACAUGAAGGCAUUCCUAAGAGCUAUCUCUACACGUCCCCAAGAGCAACAAACGCAGCAAACGCAGGAGAACAAGCGGGACUCAUCAGUAUCGCAGGGGUCUGCGGGGUCUGAGGGAUCAGGUCGGAGUGGGGCUGUGGGCGGGGUGGGGGGUGCGGGGUGCGUGGAGCCUGACCCCGAGUGGGCGCCGCAUGUAGACCUCGGCAAGCAGCUCGCCACACUGCAUGCGUUGCUCGUCGACAGCCUACCUAAGCUGCCGCAGCCCAGGAUACAGGAGUUGGAGCCGCUGUCAGAUAUUCUCGACGAACUGAGCAAGAGGCUGGCCAGCAACGACAACGGGCCCAUGGCACCCGUUUCUGAUAACAUCUUUAGGUUCAACGAUCCCACGUGCAACACGCCUACAAAACAAAACAACGCCGAACCACCAACUAACGGACAACUGAACAAUAACUUCGCUCACAGUUCGCCUAUCAUGAACAAAAACGGCGUCCAAUUCAACAUCAGCCCGUCAAAAUCGAACGCAGAAGACUCAAAAUAUAAAGGAACAUAUACUGCCGUAUCAAAAUCGCCCAGUUUCAAUUUACGCUCCGCCACACUACCGAGAAAUGGAUAUGGUUCCAACCAACAAAAUCAAAACGUGAACCCCGACAGAUACAGCUCCCAGUACAAUAACCAAGAACAUUGCGUCAAUCUAAAGGUCGUACAAAUCGGUUUCGGCUCGGAUCAAUAUCCGAAAGGUAUCAGCAAUGGUCUUAACGAAAGCUUAGAGAGGAGAUUCCAAGAUAGAUACAAACCAAACAAUUACAAUCAACAACAAACUCACUUCCACAACAGUAAUUAUAAUACUGAGAGAUCUCCGAGCAACGAUAGCAUCAAUCAUAAUUACAGUUCCAACGAAAUGCAAAAUAUUAUGAAAGAGACGGCGACGUUAGAAGAGCUCUCAGAUUUGCUCAAAUAUGCCGACGACUCAGAUAUUGUAGACGAUAAGCAGAACAACAAAAAGAUCACAUCGCAAUCUAAAAUGAACAAUAAUAACAAUAAUAAUAUUGUGAACGGCAAUAAAACUAACUACACAAAUAACGGUUCCAAUGUUUCAAUCAGUGGACUGUCGAAUGUCGCCAGCUCCGGCUACCAGAGCAUCGCCACCUACAGCCAAAGCAGCAGCCCCAUAGAGAACACUGGCCAUCAUCAUCAACCGUACGAAAACGGCGGACAACCGAUGUCUCGCUACUCGCAGCUAAACUACCAAAAACAAAGAGAUAAACAGUAUUACGACAGCAAAAACGAAAAGUUCUACCCGAAGAGUCCGGUGCAACAGAAAAUCGAAUACGACAUACAGAAGUAUGGAAUUCAGAACUUCACCACCGCUGACAAUGUACAAAGCAACACAAAUGCCAACUCUAAAAUAGCGCCGCUUGUGUUCACCAACCCGGUCUACAACAUGGAAGACGGUCGACAGGCACAAGAGAAGAACGCAAACAAUGAUAACAGGAACUCGAAGCGCUGCCCCUGUGGCUCAUCCAGUUCAUCGAUUGAUGAGGAGGGUUUGAGCACGGACAACGUUGAGACCAACUCGGAGGAGGGCUCCACCAACUUCAACGACGAAAGCGGGAGGAACUUUGACCAACAGAACCGUAACAAUACCCACCGAAAGCUCACCAGAGAUAAUUGUACCUACGAUGACUCGUACCAGAGAAGCCACAACCAUUCCCCUAGGAUAAGAGACGACGAGUCGUCCAGCAACUCGCCCAGCUUACGGAAAAAUAGCAAAACUCGCAUGCCACGGACCAAUCCGAUGCUUUCUUACUCGACGAAUCAGAACCAGCUGAACUUGAAGCACUUCGGUCAGCGUGGCGAGUCAAUCUACGAGAGCAAGCCGCAUCACAUCUCCACCGACUCCGGCUAUCCGAUGAGUCGCUCCGACUCCAAUGUUGAGGAGGUCAACAAGGAAAUGUACAGGCUUCAGAUAUCGAGGAGUCAGAAGGCUUUGUUCAACAUGGAAAACUCGAAGAACUCUCCCGAGAAAUUCACGAUGACUGAAAACACUAUCCCAGAGACGAAUUAUCCUUUAGAUAGGGCAUACUCGGGGACUAAGAUGUCGAGCAGUCGGUUGAACGAGGAUUUGGAGAGGCAUCAGGAUUACUACGGUAUGCGGGACAGGAGGGAUUCUCCUAACACCGCGGUGUUCGGGGGAUCGCAGACAAGCGAGGCGAGCGAGCGGGUCAACAGUCGGGAGGUGCGCGGGGAGCGUGAGCCGGCCGCGCGGGACAAGCUGCAGCGGCGGCUGAGUCUGGAGUCUGCGCGCGACCUCACCGACAGUUCGGAUGACGUCGACGACACGCUCUACAGCACCACCGGUCGCCGCCGCACCUCCAAACAUCAUAGAACUAUUGAACAGUAUGAACGUGAAAUCGAAAGGUUGAAGUGUUCAGUGGAGCUGCUGCGCGGCCGUCUGGGCCCGGCCGAGCCUGGACAGGACCAUACGGAUGCUAAAAUGAAGGCGAUUAUAUCAAGGUUAAUUUGCGUGGAAGAGGAAUUGAGGCGCGAGCAGCGCAAGAUGGCGGCAGCACUGUCGCACAAGCAGCGCGUGAUCGAGGCACAGGAACAUCGCAUUGCAGCACUCGAUGAAGCCAACACACGUCUGCUCUCCGCACUCGUGCACCUACAGCAGCGCGCGCCGCACCCCGCGCCCACACACUCGCACCACGAACUGCAAAUAUAACCUUUUUAAUCUGUGCCACAAACAACAAAUUAUCAUUUAUAAUCUGUGCAAACGUCAAACUUUAUAAUCUAUGGAACUGACAGUUUUCAGCCAUGUGCGUAGUCUUAUAGUAUGAUAAUCUUUGCAAACAAUAUCUCCUGUCAAUUUUCCCGCUCUUUUUGUAAAGUUUAAACACAAAUACUUCUAUUCAAUUGGUAAUUACAUGUUAAAUAAAUUUAAAAUAGAUUUCCCUGAUCUUUUUUCAUAAAAACGAUCCCAUUUUAUAUUACAGUUUUUAAAAAUUAACAAAUAGUUAAGCUUGUCACUUGUCAUGUGUUGCCACACGCAAAAAUAAUUUUUCUGGUUCAUUACACUUCUUACAAAAUAUGGUAAUUGUAAAUUAUAAUAGGAAACAAUGAAAUAUUAUGCAUUUCUCGAAGUAGCAAUAUUACUAUUAUCUUUUUUUAUUGUUUUAAUGUACUCAAGUUAAGGUAUAUUUUUCUUAAUUUUAUAUCUAAAUACCAACUGUUUUAGCUAUUUCUUUGUAGUUUUGUUAAUGUUGUUCUUUAGUUUUUAAUACAAAGAGAUGCUUUAAGUGACUAAUUUUCGUUAAAAUAUCAGUAUUGUCUAAAAUAAAUCCGAUUUGAUGUUUUGAAAAGGAAACAUCGACAACAUGUUUUGUUUUCUGUAACAAUGAUACCAAAGACAAUUGAAUAUCCUUUAGAGUAGAGUUGUAGUGUAAGUGAUGCAAUCAGCGACAGAUACAUUUAUAAAAUAAAUUCGAUAUUAAUUAAUACAUUAAAAAAAAUUGAAGAACGGACUUCUUUUAAUAAAAAAAAAUCAAUAAUAAAUUCAAAAAUAAAAUGAAUCGGUCGGUGAAAAUAAAAUCAUUAUUUCACCGCAAAUUACAUCUUUAAAAAUAAAAAAAAUAUGGAUUUUGGUAAAAAAAAGUUUCUAUAAUAAAGUCAGUUUUACUUCUGGCUGUUGUUGAUUGUAUUUCACUACAAUUGUAGCUCUAGUGUUGUAUUUUAAAAAUAAAACGUUAUAUUUUAUAAUAAAUAAUAUAAGACUUGUAUAAUAAUAUUAGCUUUAUGUUUAAUUGUAGUAUUCGGUAUACAAAAGAGAAAAUAUUUUUAAUACCCUUGAGUAUUAUAACGAGGUCAUUGUGUAUGAAUGUUUGUAAUAAAAAAAAAGUUAAAUAUUCAUUCUAUUAAGUUGCAUUUCGGAAAUGCUAUUCGAACAAAUUAAUUUCGAUUUUAAUGUCUGAAUAAUUUGUCUUGAAAAUAACACAAUAUCAACAACUUAGUUGUUUACAGUGAAAUAAUUUUAAGCCAUAACUUUAUGUAAAUACCUUAUUAGGUAUAACAAUAUUCUUAUCACAAUAAAU